ACCUUCACCUUCAUUUCACCUUCAGUGUUUGGGGAGAAAUCUGCUGCUCCAGUGAUCUCUCACAUUUCCUAAGGAACACUCUCGAGGCAAUCCACAGUGCACCACCUCAGCUUUCCAAUCAUAUCACCUGCUUUGCGGUUCAUCCAUCAACUAAGAAAAAUGGUUCUGCAGAAGAUUGUGGCUCGUCAGAUCUUCGAUUCGCGUGGAAAUCCCACCGUUGAAGUGGAUCUGACCACGAAUCUUGGGAUGUUCCGGGCUGCUGUGCCAUCAGGCGCUUCCACUGGUGUCCACGAGGCUCUGGAGUUGCGUGACAAUGAUAAGAACAACUACCAUGGCAAGGGUGUUCUCCAAGCUGUGAAUAACAUCAAUAGCAUCAUCGCUCCGGAGUUGAUCAAGUCGGGUCUGUGCGUGACACAGCAAGAGGAGGUGGACAACUUCAUGCUGAAGCUGGAUGGGACUGAGAAUAAGAACAAACUGGGCGCCAACGCCUUGCUGGGAGUUUCUCUGGCUGUGUGCAAGGCUGGAGCGGCUGCUAAGGGUGUGCCUCUGUACCAGCAUAUCGCCAAUUUGUCUGGCAAUCCUAACAUCAUUCUUCCUGUGCCGGCAUUCAACGUUAUUAACGGUGGCAGUCAUGCUGGCAACAAACUAGCCAUGCAGGAGUUCAUGAUUUUGCCAACCGGGGCGUCUUCAUUCACUGAAGCCAUGAAGAUCGGGUCUGAGGUUUACCACCAUCUGAAGAAAGUGAUCAAGGAUAAGUUUGGCCUCGAUGCUACUGCUGUUGGCGAUGAGGGAGGUUUCGCUCCCAAUAUUCUCAAUAACAAGGAUGCGCUGUUCCUCAUCCAAGAUGCCAUUGCCAAGGGUGGCUACACUGGGAAAGUGGAGAUCGGAAUGGAUGUGGCAGCUUCGGAGUUCCACAAGGACGGACAGUAUGAUCUGGACUUUAAGAAUCCUAAUAGUGACAAAUCUCUGUGGAUCUCGCCGGAUAAGCUCACUGAUUUGUACCAGGAGUUCAUCAAGGAGUUCCCAAUUGUGAGCAUUGAGGACCCCUUCGAUCAGGAUCACUGGGAUGCCUGGAGCAAGAUGACUGCCGCCACGAGCAUCCAGAUCGUCGGAGAUGAUCUCACGGUGACCAAUCCGAAGCGCAUUGCCACAGCCGUGGAGAAGAAGGCGUGCAACUGCCUUCUGCUGAAGGUAAACCAAAUUGGCACGGUGACUGAGUCCAUCAAGGCGCACAAUCUGGCCAAGAGCAACGGCUGGGGCACGAUGGUGUCUCACCGAUCUGGCGAGACUGAGGACACUUUCAUUGCCGAUCUCGUUGUGGGUCUGAGCACUGGCCAGAUUAAGACUGGAGCUCCGUGCCGCUCUGAGAGACUGGCCAAGUAUAACCAAAUCCUAAGGAUUGAGGAGGAAUUGGGAGCUGCUGCCAAGUUCGCCGGUAAGAACUUCCGCAAGCCACAGUAAAUCAUCACACACAUGAAUUCUCAUAAACAGUUUGGAAGGAGAGACAAUAGGAAGCGGCUUUAGAAGCAAAGAGUUCUUUCCUUUUUAUAUGCAUGUAAUACUUGAAAAGUAUCAAUAAAGGAUUUUCUCGUUGGGACAUUGGA